AUGGGUGCCGUGGAUCAUUUUAUCUGGGUUCAUCCAGGAGAGGUAUUUUACUUUGAAGAUUCGAUCAAUGGAUCUAUCACUUUUGGAGCCUUCCUUGUGAAUCUUCGGAGCACGACAGCAUGCAUCAAAAUUACCUCCCCACGGACAACGCGAGGCUAUGUCCUGAGUGGUUCGGACGCACAGUUGCCGAAUGGAAAUGUGUAUGUCGCAGGUAACAAUCUGUACCAGCUAACACUGAGAUUAGUUUCGGUAGAACCAUUUUCUCCAACCUAUCAGUUGGAAGAAUUAAAGCAUAAAAUGUUACUACAAAAGAGAACAUUUUGUAAUGAACUACGUCCAAAGAUAAACCAAAUCAUGCACAAACCAGAUGCUGCAGCACCAGAUAGCGUGGAGCUAAUUUGCAGUCUGUAUACGACCGGACACAUUGUUGUAAACCAACGUCGGGAAAUACUCUCCGGCGAAGAUGCAACAAUUAAUUUCUCCGUAGCCACUGUGACAAACGAUCGAAUGAAGUUUGUCAUUCAUCCACUAGCAGAAUUCAGUAAGGCAAUACGAGAAACAAAUAUCUCUGUUACAUUCAAAUGUGGUAUGAUAUAUGUUGGCGGCACACGUGAGUUGCGAGAACAAUUCAGAAAGAAAAUUGCCAUACCGAAAGUAUCUGAAAGAGAGGUACAAAAGAAAAAGGAUUCGCACUGUCAAGUACAUGCGUGUUUCUGCAAUACCUCCAACAAGACAACACGGACUGCUUUGAAGUGCCAUCAGGUUACAUCGAGGGAUCAAAUGAAUGCCUCAUUCGCUGAAAAAGGAAGAACGGAUCAGCUAUCUUUAGAGCCAGUGGAGAAACAAGUAGAAGCUUUAUGGAAUGUGAACAAGCCAGCAAUUGAUGCGUUCUUGAAAACACUGGCCCAGUGCAUCACGGACCCACAUUCAUUAGAAAGCAUGCCAGCUUUCUGUCAUGCACUGUGCAACGUAGUCCAGUGUGUAUUCAAUACACCGGAACCGUGGACCGAAGCUUCAGACUCGCGGACUAUUGGACGUCAAACUGGACACCAUACACUUGAAGAAAUAUAA